AUGGCUGGCGCUGAGGAUAUCGCAGACCGGGCGUGGGUCAGAUUGGGUCACAGAUCAGAGAACCAGGCCGUCGUCUUUCUGGGUGAAUCUGGCUCAGGAAAGUCCACCAUUCGAUCCCACCUCUUGACCGCGUUCCUGGGCAAGUCCUCAACUCCUCUCUCUACGAAAGUAUCUCUCGCUGCCUACGUUUUCGAUACCCUCACCACAACCAAAACUGCGACGACCCCAACAGCCUCCAAGGCGGGUCUUUUCUACGAACUUCAGUAUGACACGGCCACAACAACCAACCCGGUGCUUAUCGGUGCCAAGCUUCUGGACCACAGACUUGAGAGGAGCCGUAUUACAGACAUCCCGACGGGGGAACGCAACUUCCACAUCUUGUACUACCUUAUGGCGGGUACCAGCGCCGCGGAGAAGGCCCAUCUUGGCUUCGAGACCCCGGCUGGUGCUGUUCAAAAGAGGUGGAAAUAUCUUGGUCACCCCACUCAGCUCAAGGUCGGCAUCAAUGAUGCUGAGGGCUUCCAGGUCUUCAAGAAUGCGCUAAAGAAGUUGGAGUUUCCCAGAAGCGAAAUCGCCGAGAUUUGCCAGAUCUUGGCCGGCAUCUUGCACAUUGGCCAGCUUGAGUUCGAAACGACGUCCAACACCCAGAUCACCGGCGACGACAGCGGUGGUUUCUCCCACGAGGGAGGCCAGACCGUGACGGCUGUCAAGAAUAAGGAUGUCCUCAGCAUCGUUGCUGCCUUCUUGGGUGUCGGCACCCAAGACUUGCAGACGACCCUGUCAUACAAGACGAAGAUGAUUCACAAGGAGCGCGUCACUGUCAUGCUGGAUCCGACCGGUGCCCGGUCCCACGCCAACGAGCUGGCGCGUACCCUCUACUCCCUCUUGGUUGCGUACAUUGUCGAGUCUAUCAACCAAAGAAUCUGCGCCCCUGAAGAGAGCGUCGCGAACACUGUGUCUAUCAUUGACUUCCCCGGUUUCGCCCAACAGGCGGCAACUCAUUCAGCUCUUGACCAACUUCUCAACAACGCUGCUUGCGAAGCUCUCUACAACUUGACGCUACAAAACUUCUUCGAUCGCAAGGCAGACAUGCUUGAGAAUGAGGAGGUAAGCGUUGCAGCUACCAGCUAUUUCGAUAACUCCGAUGCCGUCAGGGGCCUACUCAAGCCUGGGAACGGCUUGCUCAGCAUUUUGGAUGACCAGACCCGGAGGAACCGCACCGAUCACCAGUUCCUCGAGAGUCUGCGCAAGCGUUUCGAGGGCAAGAAUCCCGCCAUCACUCCUGGCUCCACAACUGCGAGACUCCCAGGCAGCAACUUCCUUACCGAGAACACGGCAGCUCUUUUCACCGUCAAACACUUUGCAGGUGAAGUUGAUUACCCCGUGAAGGGCAUCAUUGAGGAGAACGGCGAGGUAAUUUCUGGCGAUUUGCUCAACAUGAUCAAUUCCACCAAGAGCGAGUUUGUUGCUCGUUUGUUUGGUCAAAAGGCUCUACGCACAGUUACUCACCCCAAGGAGAGGUCGACUGUGAUGCAGGCUACCAUCAGCUCCAAGCCAACAAGAGCACCCAGCGUUAUGUCGCGAAAGACCACUAGGACCGCUCGCAACCAGGCUCGCAUUCAACGAUAUCAACAGCAGCAGCAAGAGGAAGCUCAAGAAGAACUGGACAGGUUGAGCGAUGGCAAUUCCCAAGCCGGCGGCUCCAGGCUUCAGGCGUCGGAGCAGGGGGCAUCCGGUCAAUUCCUUGCAUCCUUGGAGAACGUUACCAAGGCAGUGGCUGAUCCCAGCACCAACUCCUACUUUGUGUUCUGCUUGAAGCCCAAUGACAGGCGUAUCGCCAACCAAUUCGACAGCAAGUGCGUUCGCACCCAGGUGCAAACGUUCGGAAUCGCCGAGAUCAGCCAGCGUCUGCGUUCGGCUGAUUUCAGUCUCUUCCUCCCAUUCGGCGAAUUCUUGGGCUUGGCCGACUCCGACACCAUUCUCGUUGGUUCUGAGAAGGAACGUGUUGAGCUUGUCGUUGAAGAUAGGCAUUGGCCGAGCAACGAGGUCAGAAUUGGAUCCACCGGUGUCUUCCUCAGCGAGAGAUGCUGGAUGGAGAUUGCGCAGUUGUCCGAAAACGCUUCUGCUUCUGGAAGAUACGCUCUACCAUCCGACAACGGCGACGGUCUCACGCCUCAGGACACCCCUUUUGCUGCCUCCAAGGAGCGUCUGCUCUCUGCCGGCAACACGCCCAUGGGAUACGGCGAGAAGGGCAAGAGCGGAUACUUUGGGGGUCAGGACGGCUCCGACGCUCGCUCCGAAGCUGGCGUUUCUGCCUUCGGAGGCGGUGACAUGUUCAAGAACCUAGACACCCGUGAGCAGAUGGCCGAACGUGGAAAUGAGAAGAGCCUCGAAGAAGUCGAGGAGUUCAAGGACAGUGCCAGUCGCAAGCGCUGGGUCUUCACCGUCUAUCUCAUGACCUGGUUUGUUCCCGACAUUCUCAUCCGCAAGAUGGGCAAAAUGCCCCGCAAGGAUAUCCGUGUUGCUUGGAGAGAGAAGCUGGCCAUCAACAUGUUGAUCUGGCUCUUCUGCCUGUUUGCUGCUUUUUUCAUCGUGGUCUUUCCCAAGCUCAUCUGUCCCACGCAACACGUGUACAGCGCUGAAGAACUGUCUUCCAACGACGGACAGGACGACAAUUCUGCCUACGUUUCGAUUCGCGGCGUCGUCUUUGAUCUCGGUUCUUUUGCCCCUCGUCACUACCCGCCGUAUGUUACUGUCAAACAGUUGAAGAACUAUGCCGGCCAGGACAUCAGCUCCCUCUUCCCUAUUCAAGUCAGCGCCUUGUGCCAAGGCAAGGAUGGUUCCGUCGACGAACACGUGUCACUUGAUUACAAGAACACCAACACCACCGGCUCCCCCACGCUCGCCACCGUUGACCAGAACUUCAAGUUCCAUGAUUUCCGUUCUUGGACCAACGACAGCCGCCCGGAUUGGUACUACGAACAGAUGACCUUCCUCAAGGCCAACUACAAGAAGGGCAAUGUGGGCUACUCUCCUGAAUACGUCAAGACUCUGGCCAACAAGCAGCAAAUUGUUGCUAUCCUGGACAGCCGUGUAUACGAUUUGACGCAAUAUAUUAGCGGCGGUUUGAGGAUGCAAGCCGCGGCGGGCGAGUCCGUUCCCGAGGACACGGGCCAGACCAAGUUCAUGGACAACACUGUUGCCACGCUCUUCCAGCAAAAGGCCGGCUCGGAUAUUACAAAGCUAUGGGACAACCUCAACAUCGAUGCCGCCAUGAAGAAGCGCAUGAAGACCUGCCUCAACAACCUCUUCUAUAUCGGCGACGUUGACACCCGUAACUCGGCCCGUUGCAAAUUCGCCGAGUAUCUUGUUCUCGCGAUCUCCAUCAUUUUGUGCGCUAUUCUCGGCUUCAAGUUCUUGGCGGCGCUCCAGUUCGGCGGCAAGAAUAUGCCUGAGAAUCUCGACAAGUUCGUCAUGUGCCAGAUUCCAGCUUACACGGAAGACGAGGAGUCUCUUCGCCGUGCCAUUGACUCUUGUGCCAGGAUGCAUUACGAUGAUAAGCGCAAGCUUCUCAUUGUUGUGUGUGACGGUAUGAUUAUCGGACAGGGUAAUGACAAGCCGACGCCUCGUAUCGUACUUGACAUUCUCGGCGUCUCUGAGACGGUCGACCCCGAGCCACUCAGUUUCGAAUCUCUCGGCGAAGGUCAGAAGCAGCACAACAUGGGCAAGGUCUUCUCCGGUCUGUACGAGGUCCAAGGCCACAUUGUUCCUUUCUUGGUCAUCGUCAAGGUUGGCAAGCCGUCAGAGGUUUCCCGUCCAGGAAACCGUGGCAAGCGAGAUUCUCAAAUGAUUCUCAUGCGAUUCCUAAAUCGCGUUCACUACAACUUGGAGAUGAGCCCCUUGGAACUCGAGAUGUAUCACCAGAUUCGCAACAUUAUUGGCGUCAACCCAACCUUCUACGAAUUCAUGUUCCAAAUCGAUGCGGACACAGUCGUCGCUCCCGACUCGGCCACACGCAUGGUUUCUGCCUUCCUUAACGACACCCGUCUUAUUGCCGUCUGUGGUGAGACAGCACUAACCAACGCCAAGGCAUCCUUUAUCACCAUGAUUCAAGUUUACGAAUACUGGAUCUCUCACAACCUCACCAAGGCUUUCGAGAGUCUGUUCGGCAGCGUCACUUGCUUGCCUGGUUGUUUCUCGAUGUACCGCAUCCGCGCUGCCGAGACCGGCAAGCCUCUGUUCGUCAGUCGCGAAAUCGUCCAAGAUUACUCUACCAUUCGCGUCGAUACGUUGCACAUGAAGAACCUGCUUCAUCUUGGUGAGGACCGUUACCUCACAACGUUGCUGCUCAAGUACCACAACAAGUACAAGACCAAGUACACCAACCGGGCCCAUGCUUGGACUAUCGCCCCUGACUCUUGGGCUGUGUUUCUCUCCCAGAGACGUCGGUGGAUUAACUCGACGGUGCACAACCUGAUGGAACUCAUUCCCAUGGCUCAGCUGUGUGGAUUCUGCUGUUUCUCCAUGCGUUUCAUUGUGUUCGUCGACUUGCUGAGUACCGUUGUCCAGCCUGUGGUCGUCGCGUACAUCAUUUAUCUUAUCGUGAUGGUUGUCCAAAACCCUACCGUGGUGCCAGUCACGGCCUUCAUCAUGCUUGGAGCAAUCUACGGUUUGCAAGCUAUCAUCUUUAUUGUCCGCCGCAAGUGGGAGAUGAUCGGUUGGAUGAUUCUGUAUAUCCUUGCCAUUCCCGUCUUCAGUUUUGCCCUGCCUCUAUACUCCUUCUGGCAUAUGGACGACUUCAACUGGGGUAACACUCGUGUCAUCGCUGGUGAAAAGGGAAAGAACAUUGUUAUUUCCGACGAGGGCAAAUUCGACCCCUCUGUCAUUCCCAAGAAGAAGUGGGAAGAAUAUCAGGCCGAGCUCUGGGAUGCGCAGACUGUCCGCGAGGAUGCUCGCUCCGAGGCCUCUGGCUAUAGCUACGCCACUAAGGGACAGGUUCCUGUUUCUGAGUACGGUUACCACAGCCGCCCUGGCUCCAUUGCUGCCGGCUAUGCGCCUCCAAGGGCCCCUAUGGGUUACGAUCAGCGUAACAUGUCGCGCAUGUCCCUUGCAGCGUCCGAGAUGGGCGGUAACCGCAACAGCCAAUUCGGCGGUUCGCAAUUCUUCUCCCCGGAAGAUAUGGUCGGCCUGCCCAGCGAUGACGCGUUGUUGGCCGAGAUCCGCGAGAUUCUAAGGACGGCCGAUCUGAUGACGGUGACGAAGAAGGGUAUCAAACAGGAGCUGGAGCGUCGCUUUGGCGUUCCUCUGGAUGCCAAACGACAGUACAUCAAUAGCGCUACGGAGGCGCUCCUAUCAGGCCAGUUGUAA